AUGGCAGGAGAUGGGACAGACCAGAGAUGGGACCACACUCAGAAUUUUUCCUAUGUGUGGCCCAUCCACAACUUCAGUUUUUUUGUGGAGGAAAGGACAGAACUCAUUAGAAGUUCAACUUUCUCAACAGGAGACAAUGAGAUAUGGUGUUUGAUAGCAUACCCAAACGGAUUUGAUGAAGUAAGUGCAGAUUACCUGUCAGUUAAUCUAGUUUUGCUCAGCUGUCUAAAGAGGCAUGUUUGGGCAAAGUUCCAGUUUUGGAUCAUAAGUGCCGAAGGAGAGAAAACACAAACCAUGAGGAUCUCAAGAGCCAUUAGGUUUGUGCCAGGCCUUGGCUAUGGAUUCAAAAAGUACGUCCUUCGAGAUUUCCUCUUUUCCAAUGCAUCUCAUCUUCUCACAGAUGACAAGCUCAGCCUCUUCUGCAGGGUGAGCAUUAUCCAGGACUCCUUCAGAAUCUCUGACCAGAACAGGAAGCCAGGGAUUCAAGUUCCCAGAUGCACAUUGGCAGAUGAGCUAGGAGAGCUGUGGGAGAAUUCCCAAUUCACAGACUGCUGCCUGGUGGUAGAUGGUCAGGAAUUCCGGGUUCACAAGGCCAUCUUAGCAGCUCGCUCUCCAGUGUUCAGAGCCAUGUUUCAACAUGACAUGAAGGAGAGCAAAAGUAACCACGUUGAGAUCCAUGACCUGGAGCCACAAGUCUUCAAGGCAAUGAUGGGCUUCAUUUACACUGGAAAAGCACCAGACCUGGACAGCAUGGCAGCUGCUGUGCUGGCAGCUGCUGACAAGUAUGGCCUGCAACGUUUGAAGGUCAUGUGUGAGGAUGCCCUCUGCAAGGACCUCUCUGUGGAGAAUGCUGCCCACACUCUUUUCCUGGCUGACCUCCACAGCUCAGGGCAGCUGAAAACCCAGGCACUGGAUUUCAUUACAGCUCAUGCUUCUGAGGUCUCUGAGACCCCAGGCUGGAAGGCAAUGGUGGGCUCAUGUCCCCAUUUAGUGGCUGAAGCAUACCGUUCCCUGGCUUCUGCUCAUCUCCCUCUCUUGGAGCCCCCUCUCAAAUGCUCGAAGCCAUCCUAG